ACUUACAUGAUACAACAUGCAUACAUAACACACCCCCAAUUAGGCAAUUAUGAACCCCACACCUCAUCUAGCUCCUACUACUAUAUAUAAAACCCACACCUCUUCCUUCUUCACUCACUCACUCAUUACACAUCACCAUAUAUAUCCUUAUCCUUCAAAUACUAUACCACAAAUAGAAUCAUCCUUUCAACUCAACUCAUACACACCAAUUUGAAUAUUCAUCAUUCAUUUUGUGGCAAUAUUUAUCCAUGGCUAAUUCAACAAACUCCGCCACCACCAUCACCGCCCUCCACUCUGAUAUCAUCCAAUCCCACAUCCUUACUCGCCUCGACGGCCCCACUUUAGCCUCCACCUCUUCCUCCACCUCCCACCUCCGCAGCCUCUGCACCCAAAACCCCCUCUGGCGGGAAAUCUGCACCGCCACGUGGCCCUCCCUCCAACAACCCCUAGCCGACUCCCUCAUCUCCACCUUCCCCACCGCCCACCGCUCUAUCUUCUCCGACUCCUUCCCUUCCCUCCACGACUCUCCUCUCCCCCACAAGCUACCACCCUCGCCGCCUCCGCCGGAGCUCAUCUCCGCCGUGGACUUAUACUACAAGGGCAAACCCGUCCUUUCCAGAGUCAUCCGCACCGAGACAGAAAAGAGCUGGUUCCUCACCUCCCCUCUCUGGAUCGACCUCCUCGAAACCAACGAGAUGGUCCAAACUCCGGUGAAGCUCGCCCCAAACGUGGAAGACCGAGAAUGGCUGAAUCACGUGGAGGAGAAUCUUACCCUCAGCUGGAUCGUGAUAAACCCGGCCAAUCAGCGGGCGGCGAAUUUGUCCAGCCGGUUCCCGGUGUCGGUGCGGCGGCACUGGUUUACCGGCGAGGUGGAGAUUCUCUACGCCGUGGCGAUGGGGGCGGUGCAGUGGACGGUGAAGGUCACGUGCUGCGGGAAGGCCGGCGGUGAGAUGCACGUGCGGGAGGUUAGUCUCGCGAUGGAGGAUGCAGACGGGAGGCACGUGAUAGGGGGGGAGUGUAUGAUGGUUUUGCAGGCGGCGAUGGAGGGUGGGAAGAGGAGGAAGGUGGUGGCGGAGGAAGCGAAGAAGAGUUUUGAGAGAUUUUGUUUGGUGAAGAGAGAGAGGAGAGAGAGGAGAUUGAAGAGAGAGAAAGCGUUGGAUAUGAGUGUUAUGCUUGUUUCUUUUGCUGUUGUUUUCACUUUGCUCUUUCGGUUAGUGACCUAUUGGGCUUGAAGAUUGAACCAAAACGACGUCGCUUUUGGAUUUUAAUUUCAUCCUUGUACAGUAAAGGACUCUAAUUACACAAAAAUAUAAGUUAAAGUUGUUUAAAAAAAUGUUACAUACAGAAAAUGGGAGAGAAUUGUAAGAGAAAAAACAGAGUAAUUAAGCUAGUAGUAUUUGUCUCUUAUUCAAGUUUGUUAAUUCAUUCUUCUUUUGGCCGAUUACCAUGUAACCUGGCUCGGUUAUAAAUUUAAUAAAAUAUUUAUGCA